AUGGACUGGUCACAGCACUACCCAGCAUUCGCCACCCAGACGGACUCAGGACCAGAGCAGAACGGCAGCGCAACCGCCACCGCAGCUUCGAAGACCGUGACCGCCGACGUGACAAUAGCAGACAUAGGCUGCGGCUACGGCGGCCUCCUCUUCGCCCUCGCCCCCAAACACCCUUCCACCCUCCUCCUAGGCCUGGAAAUCCGCUCCUCCGUCACCACCUUCGUGCACGAGAAAAUCCUCGCCCUGCGCUCCCAACCCCCAACCCUCUCCGACCACAACUACACCAACAUCUCCGUCCUCCGCGCCAACACGAUGAAAUUCCUCCCCAACCUCUUCUCCGCCGGCCAACUGCACAAAAUCUUCCUCUGCUUCCCAGACCCGCACUUCAAAGCGCGCAAGCACAAAGCGCGCAUCGUCUCGCCGACGCUGUGCAGCGAGUACGCGUACGUGCUGGCGCCGGGCGGGAAGGUGUACACGAUUACGGAUGUAGAGGAUCUGCAUUUGUGGAUGGUGGAGCAUUUGAGCGGGCAUGCGAGUUUUGCGCGGGUAGGGUUGGAGGAGGUGGAGGGGGAUGAGUGUGUGGGGGUGAUGCGGAGGGAGACGGAGGAGGGGAAGAAGGUGGAGCGGAAUGGGGGGAGGAAGUUUGUAGCGGUGUUUAGGCGGCUGGAGGAUCCGCCGUGGCCGUGA